AUGACCUCUACGGAUGCGAGGCUGGCAAUACCCAAAUCUAUCUCGACAACUGCGAAAUCGGGGACGAAGAUUUGGAGGACCUCGCGAAAUGUUUCGAUAACGCUGGACGCUCAUCGGUCACCGUCAUCGAGGUGCACAGCAACGAGCUCACGUCGCUCCCCGUGGGGCUUUUCGACGGUCUGGACACUCUUCAGCCUCCUCUCCCUUCAUGCCAACCAGUUCACUUCGCUCCCCGCGGAGCUUUUCGAUGGUCUGGAUCAGCUGCAAAUUCUGCACCUUCUAGGAAACAAUUUGACGACCCUUCCAUCAGGCCUGUUCGAUGGACUACAUGCUCUCAGUGUUCUAUCGCUCAGCGAGAACGCCCUUGUGGCGCUUCCCGCUGGUAUAUUCGACGACCUGGGCUCCUUGCAGGCCCUGUACCUGCAACAUAACUCGCUUUCCAUGCUACGGGUUGGGCUAUUCGACGACUUGGAGUCGCUUACGCAGUUGUGAGUGCACGGCCCAAAUGGAUGUCAUCAAACGCCCUGUUGACAAGAGCCCGACGAUGGCUUUUCCAGGUAGCGCUGGUUGUUGUGGAGUACAUGCAACAAGGUUCUAGGUGUUGUGUAGUCAUCAAAGGCCUCAAAUAGGGUUCAGUUCUAACGAACCGCAAAGCUUGCUUGUAGCGCUAAUCAUUCUUUAAACCACGGCAAAGUUUGUUGUUUGUCUUACUGUGGUCGUGGCGGGACUGAGAAUGAUCUUGUGAUCAAAAGCACAUGUGGAAAACAGUGUAGUUCCCGUUGUUUUCAUCUCUCCCAACAGCCUAUAGUCUAUUCUUUCGAUCUGGGCGACAGCAGUGUUGAUUUCAUCGGCACUGGCAGUUUGUGCCUCGGGUGGAGCUUCAACGUUGGGGCGAUACGUUUUAGACGACGUACACGCAAUCUCGCAGAUCGAGGCAUAACUUCGACCAUGUUGUAGACAACUUAUCCACGACCGUCCAGAUUCCGUGAAAGCGUUUGCGUAUUCAUGGAGUUCGCUACCCGGUCUCUGGCAUGUACUUGCUCUUCUGCUCCAUGCAGGAGAUUAGAAGAUAACGACGAUUUACAGGUCAUAGUGUGUUCCACCGUGCGGCAAGAACACUCAUCUCGAUAAUAUCCACCUGGUAUUGGCAGAGUGCUCUGUACUUCGGAACGUCUGCACUCGAAUGCAGCUGGGGCUAGCUGCUGUGUAUGAUGCAAACUAUGUUCCACAGUGCCAGUCCGAGGGGCACCGCAAAGCCAGACGAACGAGACAGAGUGCUCCUGGAGCAACACUAGCGAGUGGAACCACCAAUGUUGGCAAUACGUUAUGCAAGCAGGAUUUGCCAGCAGAAUUUGCAGAGCCUACAGAUAGUAAGAACAAGCCGAUGCUUCUGAACCUUGUCGACACGGAGAGCCACAGGAACUCAAGGUUGCUCUUUCUCCGCCGCUGUUGCCAAAUCGUUCCUUCUAAACACUGCGCUGUCCACGGCAGCAAUCUGAGCGAAAACGAAGACCUUCAAUGCGUCCCGUCAAUGGUGUCACCAACCUGGAACAAUCCUGAACGCUCGGUGAAGGAGAGGAAGAGUGGUCAUACCUGCAAAAGCAAGCUGGCCUACCACGCAUCUUUCACGGUCUGUUGACGUGAGGUUGUUUCAAAAUCAUGUCGAGGCUAUAAUAUGUACGCUAGUAUCAUGGUGCCCAGCUUCGUUGGUACCCGAGAAUGCAAUGGAAAGGCACGAGAGCAACUCGCCGAGCUACUCUCUCGCUGUUCCAGGCCCUCCAAUUAUUUGGGGUCUGCAUGGUCCCUCCCGGAAGGAUUUGGCGAUGGCGACACGUGUGCUUGUCCGACUGAAGGGAGCGACGGGGCGUGUGCUACGGGGGAAUCGUGCGUUCCCGGAGAGGAUGGUUACAACUGCGCUGCCCCGACUGCAACACCAACGCCGGCUUCAACGCGGUCCCUGGCACCAGACUACUCUGGUAGAGACGCAACACCGGCCCCUGUCAGGGCCGACGCUGUUCUCGCUAGCACCACGGCCCCGGUGGCAGAGAAGACCACCAGCGGUGGUGUUACGAGUGAUGCCAACAAGGCCGUAACGCACAGCCCAUCGUGGACCUCCGACAGUAGUGCGGUCGGUGCUGCUAUUGGUGGGCUUGUCAUGGUCGCCA